UUUUUCAACUCGUUCUAACUUAUUUGCUCAUGUGAAGAAAUUUCAUCCAGGUUAGUUUAUCAAAAUAUGGAGAAGGUCAAAACGGGGUACUCGUUAAUGAAGUAAAUUUUAAUCCCCAAGAAGCUUCUUGUUUUUAUAAACUUUUUUAGUUAUUAUUUUAGCUUUUUAGACAUUGUUAUUGUUAAUAAUUUUAAAAUACAAAAUAUAAAUUUAUAUACUAGUUGAAAAUUAUAAAAUAAAACAAUAUUUUUGUUUGUUUUAGACAAACUUGAAACUAUCAAGCCCAAGAAAACAUAUAUGUACGAAUGUGUUACAUGUGGAAAGAAUUUUAAUCAUAUACACAAUUUAAAAUAUCACCAGUCCAAAGUGAAACAUCCUGCAAUCAUAAGUAACAUUGGCGAAGCAAAAACAAGAAAAACUUAUCGUUGUGCAUUGUGUUUACAUACUGCUUCAAAAUUAGAAUUAAUUGAUCAUUAUCAAUCAUCCCAUGACAUCAAAAUGGAGAAGAAGCUACUAGAAUUUAACACUAUUCAGGAAUUUGAGUUAUGGAAAAUGGAUAUUGAAAAAUAUACGAAAUCAUCAUAUGUCAAAGAACAUGGUACUUAUAAAAGUAAAUCUUUUACUAGGACUACAUUUGUGUGUCACAGAUCUGGGUGCUAUAAGAGCAAAGGAAAGGGUGAAAGACACUUAAAACUCCAGGGGACUAAUAAAAUAAAUGCUUUUUGUCCCGCUGCAAUAAAAUUAACUGAGACACAGGACAAAUGUAAAAUAGAAUUUUUAGAAACACACCUUGGCCAUGAACAUGACUUAGGGAAUUUAUUUCUUUCCAAAUUGGAUAAAGAAACAAUAGCAGCUAAACUUGCAGCAAAAAUACCAAUGACUGCUAUCUUAGAUGAAGUAAGAGACUCUGUAGCAAGCGAAGAUCUAGAACGUUUACAUCUAUUAACACGUAAAGAUUUGUACAACAUAGAACAGCAAUAUAACUUAAGUUCAACAGCUGUAAGACACAAAAGUGAUGCAGUAAGUGUACAAGCCUGGGUGAAUGAAGUUAAAGAGAAUGGAUGUGUUUUGUUGUAUAAACCACAGGGUGAAAUUAUAGAUUUGUAUGAUUUAAAGGAAAAUGAUUUUAUGUUGGUUAUCAUGAAUGAAGGUCAAAACCAAAUGCUAAGAAAGUAUGGACAAGAUUGUAUUUGCAUCGACUCAACACAUGGACUUAAUGCUUAUGGGUUUGAACUCCAUACUUUGUUAGUACUAAAUGAGAUAAGGGAAGGAUUUCCAUGCUGUUUUUGUAUUACAAACAGGUCAGAUGUGGAAGCUAUGAAAAUAUUUUUUUCUGCUAUUAGAAAAAAAAUUGAUUUUGCUAUUCAACCCAGAGUAUUUAUGUCGGAUAUGGCUGAUUCAUACUACAAUGCCUGGAUUCAGGUGAUGGAAGCUGCUACUUUUAGGUUGUACUGUACGUGGCAUGUAGAUCGGGCUUGGAGAAAAAACUUAAGCAAGAUUAAUUCUAAAGAAAAAAGGGUAAAUACUUAAUUUUACAUUUUUAUAAUUAAAAAAAAAAAUUUAAAUUCUGCUAUACCACAGUGUUUUCCCCAUCAUCUUCAUUUUAUCAUUUUUUUUUUUAAAUAUUGAAAAAUAGAGAAGAAUCUCUACUAAAAGAAUUAGCAAUUAUCAUUGUAAGACGCCAUAUUGGAUUUUGCAAAAUCAAACAGUUCAUAAAAGGGAG